UCUUUAUCCUUCCUUCUCCAUUGUUUCACUCUCACACUGCGUUGGUUCGUCUUCAAUUUCCAUAGAUGCUUCUUCAUACUCCUUCUCUAUUCCCUCCUUCACUUUCCAUUAACCACACCUCAUCAAAACCCUAACUUCAGUUUCUUCCGAUCUCUCUCUCUUUCUCCAUGUCUGCUCUUGCCGGUACUUGCGAUCCGCUGCUACAUUCGCUGUUCAGGAGGUUGCUUUUCGAAUUCUAGAAGUUAGAGGUUCGUAAUUUUUGUCGAUUUCUAGUUUGAGGACUGAUUAUCAUUAGGUAUGAAGCGGGAGUUAGCUUUUGCUUUGGAGGUUCAGUCUCAGCUUGAGGAGACUCUUGGGCAUACUCGUAGUGAGACUCUAGUUGAGGCGAGGUCGAGUAGUUAUUUAGAUGAAGCUGCUAGAAGUGGUGGCUGUAAGAGAUUUAAAGGCUGUGUUGUGAAUGGUUUGAUUGUGUAUACGAGGGUAAGGAGGUCUCAGAUCAAUGUGUACAGCGGGCUGGAUAAUCAAAUUAGAAACAAUUGUAAUAGUGCGGUGAAGAUUGAAAUUCCUGGAAGCUUGGAAAUUGGGAAGGGUAGUAGGACUGAGGAGGUUCAAAUUAAGACUAUAGGCUUAGAUAAAUCAAAUUGCAAUCCUGUGAGUUCUGUUUGUGAGAAAGAGUCUCAUGGGGCGGUGGAGAAAUCUGCAGAUAAGGAAGAAGGGGCCGAGGGGAGUCCUUUGGUUAUGGCAGAGGCGAGAGAAGUUGAAGAGAAAUUGCCUGGGUGGGGAGUUAAGCGGUUUACGCGCUCGUCAUUAAAGCCGAAGGUUGAGCCCGAGGAAGGCCCCUCAAUUACAAUAAGCUCUGUUAAAGACGAAGUUAUUUCAGGCGUGGUCGGGGAAACAAUUGAAACAGUCAACUCUCUGUCAACUCCGAAGAAUAAGUUGGAAUUAAAGAUGUCGAAAAAGAUUGCAUUGAAUAAGCGGCCAAUGACUGUGAGGGAGCUCUUUGAUACUGGUUUGCUCGAGGGUGUCCGUGUCAUCUACAUGGGUGUAAAGAAGGCACAUGAUUAUGGUCUGCGUGGUACAAUUAAAGAUGGUGGGAUUUUGUGCACAUGCUCGUCCUGCAAUGGAUGCAGGGUCAUUCCUCCUUCGCAAUUUGAGAUUCACGCUUGUAAACAAUAUAAACGAGCAGCUCAGUACAUAUGUCUUGAGAACGGGAAGAGCCUUCUCGACCUGUUGAGAGCAUGCAAGGGAAGUAGGCAGACACUUGAGGUCACUAUUCAAAAUCUGAUUAGCUCUUCUCCAGAAGAAAAAUAUUUUACGUGUAGAGAUUGUAAAGGAUGCUUUCCUUCAUCCAUUGGACAAGUGGGACCUUUAUGCUCUUCAUGCGAGGAAUCAAAGCGAUCUCAGUGUACGCCAUCAUUGGCAACUCCCCCCACUUCCCCAAUUAAUAAGAAACUGAGGUCAACAGAGCCAACCACAUCAAAAUCACCUGGAAGUGCUCCAGUACAUAUCCCUUCACGAUAUAAACGUAAAUGGGAGAUAAAAGCAAAGUCAAAAUUGUCCGAAUACAUUUCCAUCUCAAGGUCUUCCAAAAGCGCACCCUUGCGUGUCCCUUCAAAGUACAAGAGUGCAUUGAAGAUGAGAAAAAAGUCAUUGAAACCAUCCUCAAUGUCAAAAUCCUCCCAAAGUGCUUCAAAGUGUAGUUCUUCAUUAGCUAAAAAUCAGUGGAAAAUAACAACGAAAGAUCAGAGGUUGCAUAAGUUGGUUUUUGAGGAAGACGGAUUGCCUGAUGGUACUGAAGUAGCAUAUUUUGCCAGGGGACAGAAAUUACUCCAGGGUUAUAAGAAGGGGUCUGGAAUUUUAUGUUGCUGCUGCAAUUGUGUGGUUAGUCCUUCACAAUUUGAAGUUCAUGCGGGUUGGUCUUCUCGCAAGAAACCCUAUGCAUACAUUUACACAUCGAAUGGGGUUUCUCUGCAUGAAUUAGCAAUCUCUCUCUCAAAAGGGCGCAAAUAUUCUGCUAAGGAUAAUGAUGACUUAUGCAUAAUAUGUUUAGAUGGUGGCAAUCUUUUGCUUUGUGAUGGCUGCCCAAGGGCAUUUCACAAAGAAUGUGCAUCAUUAUCAAGUAUUCCCCGUGGUGAUUGGUAUUGUAAAUUUUGCCAGAAUAUGUUCCAAAGUGAGAAGUUUUUUGAGCAUAAUGCCAAUGCUGUUGCAGCCGGAAGGGUAUAUGGGGUUGACCCUAUUGAGCAGAUUACUAAAAGAUGCAUUCGAAUGGUCAGGAACAUAGAAAUAGAUCUUAGUGGAUGUGUGUUAUGCCGUGGGUCUGAUUUCAGCAAAUCAGGUUUUGGUCCCCGCACAAUUAUACUUUGCGAUCAGUGCGAGAAGGAAUUUCACGUGGGCUGUUUAAAAGACCACAAAAUGGCAUUUCUUAAGGAACUGCCAAAAGGAAAAUGGUUUUGUAGCACAGAUUGUACGAGGAUACAUUCCGCUCUACAGAAGCUGCUAAUUCGUGGGCCAGAGAAGCUUCCAGAUUCACUUUUGGAGGCUGUCAGUAGAAAGCUUGGAAAAAAUAGUUCGGACAAUAAGGUUGAUGUUGAUGUCAGUUGGAGACUUAUCAGUGGAAAAAUUGCUUCACCUGAAACUCGGUUGCUAUUGUCAGAGGCCAUCGCCAUCUUCCACGAUCGCUUUGAUCCUAUAGUUGAUAUAACAAGUGGACGCGAUCUUAUUCCAGCUAUGGUUUAUGGAAGGGAUGUAGGUGGACAAGAGUUUGGUGGCAUGUAUUGUGCCAUAUUAAUUGUCAACUCAUUUGUUGUAUCAGCUGCAAUGCUUCGUGUUUUUGGCCAAGAUAUUGCAGAGCUGCCGUUGGUUGCGACAAGUAAUGGUAACCAUGGCAAGGGCUACUUCCAAACAUUAUUUUCAUGCAUCGAGAGGCUGCUAGCUUUCUUAAAUGUCAAGUGCCUUGUUCUCCCGGCUGCUGAAGAGGCUGAAUCCAUUUGGACUGAAAAAUUCGGUUUCGAGAGAAUAAAACCAGAUCAGCUUAGCUGCUAUAGAAGAACUUGCUGCCAGAUGGUGACAUUCAAAGGGACAUCCAUGCUUCAGAAAAUGGUUCCCUCAUGUCGGGUUGCGGGUGCUCCAUUGUGACCAAGGUGACAUUCAUGCGGGCAUCCAUGCUUCAGAAAACACUUCCAUCAUGUCGGGUCAUAAGGUACUCCAUUGUGACCAUGGCAGGUGUGAGGUUCCCUCUAAUCUUUUCCCUGCCUCUCAUCUUUGUUCCCCCCUGAACCUUCAUUCAGUGGGUUUGUGUGUGUAUAGCUUAUAAGUUUUUCCCUCUUAUUUAGGCUAUUCUGUAGCUGAGCUCUAGUUACUAAAUAUCCAUUUUAUUUAUAUAUAACAUCUUCAAAGCCA